GUAACUGUCCGCCUUCUAUUUUAAGAUUUCUCCGUUUUAUAUAGUUAGUGGCGAUUUUCGCGUUCGGGUGAUUUCCACAUUUAUGUCAGUUACGGUUUGGAUAAGGUAACGGCCAGCUUGCAACCAGGAUGUCGGACGAAUUAGAUAAAGACCAGAUAGCCCUUCUUAAGAAGGCUUUCGACACCUUCGAUGUCGAGAAAAAAGGCAGCAUCGGUACUCAGAUGGUCAGGACAAUCUUCACCAUGUUAGGUAUCACCACAACAGAACAGAUUUUGAAUGAAAUCAUCGCUGAAGUUGAUACCGACGGAUCUGGUGAGCUGGAAUUUGAAGAAUUCGUAACUCUGGCUGCCAAAUUCAUGGUUGAAGAAGACGCAGAAGCUAUGCAACAUGAACUUAAAGAAGCUUUCCGUCUCUAUGACAAAGAAGGUAACGGUUACAUUUCCACAAAAACGCUGAAAGAAAUCCUGAAAGAACUUGAUGAUAAACUCACCAGUGAUGAACUGGACAUGAUCAUCGCUGAAAUUGAUACAGACGGAUCUGGAACAGUAGAUUUUGAUGAAUUCAUGGAAGUAAUGACCGGUGGUGAUGACUAAAAAUUUCCGAAACAACAUCAAUUUUCGGGAAA